AUGGGUUUGACUUCCACCAACGACAAGUCGGGCCAGGGCCUUGGCAACAGAGUCCUUCUGGACAAGGUUGACAAGCUUCGCGCAUUGGGCAUAUCUCAUCUUGUCCCUUUGCCUCAGAUGGUCGUGGUCGGAGACCAAAGUGCUGGCAAAUCAAGCGUCCUCGAGUCCCUCACGGGAUUCCAGUUUCCCCGGUCGGCGACUCUGUGUACUCGGCAUGCGACCGAGAUUGUUUGUAGACGGGAGGCUACAGAAAGCGUUGUGGUGUCAAUAAUCCCACACAACCCAUCUAUAGAGCGCGAGAAGCUCGUCAGAGACUUUCGAAGAUCCACAAACACGAUUCUUUCUGACGAUUUCCCGAAAAUCUUUGAAGAUGCCGCCAAAGUCAUGGGAAUCAAGGUGUCUGAGAAUGACGGAGACAGAGGCAGCGCUUUUAGCCUGGACGUCCUCAAAGUCGAAAUCAGCGGCCCCAACGCUGAUCACCUCACUGUCAUUGACGUUCCUGGCAUGUUCGAGACUGUCACUCCCGGCUUGACGACUGAGUCGGACAUUGACUUGGUGAAGAAUAUGGUGAAGCGUUACAUUCACGAGAGCCGAACCAUUAUCCUCGCCGUGGUCCCUUGCAAUGGUGACAUUGCCAACCAAAAGAUUCUUCGACUUGCGGCUGAGGCUGAUCCCCAGGGAAAACGGACUUUGGGUGUCCUCACCAAGCCUGAUCUUGCCAUUGAGAACGCAACCAAGGCGGUUAUCUGCGACCUCGUCAACGGCAAACGGCGAGAUUUGCAUCUUGGCUACUGCGUCGUCAAGAAUCUCGGCGCUGAUGACACUUCUGGAAGCAUGAACCAUCGCGACCAGCAGGAGCUGUCUCUGUUUGGACAACCUCCGUGGAACACCCUGCCAUCUGAUAGAUUGGGUAUCCCAGCACUUCGUAUGCGCAUUAAACAUCUCUUGAUGGACCGAACUCGCGCCGAGUUCCCAGUUGUCAAGAGUGAGAUCAUGGCGAACCUGAAGAAGAGCCAGGGGCUUCUCGCCGAUAUGGGCGAGCCCCGAAACUGUACCGACCAACAGCGUGCGUACGUGGGCAAGAUUGCUUCAAGAUUCAUGCGAAUCAAAGAGUGCGGCCUGGAUGCGUACUAUACACGCAACAACUUUUUCGAGGACCUCGAGAUGAGACUGAUUACUCGAAUUCGCACAAUCAACGAGGCCUUUUCACGCAUCAUGCUUGAGAAGGGACACGCCAGAGAGUUUUAUACUGAACUCGAGAGUUUUGCAGCCGGGAACCAGCCUGAAAACCAUGGAGGUUCUGCCGCGCCUGACGAAUCGAUCUCGCAGGGUCGGGCCUCGCUGUAUGACGAAAAAAUUCACUUCAAAAUUCCCAAUUUUGGCGAAGAAGACUUGAGCGAUAUUGUCUCGGACCCAUACUGGUGCUCAAAGCCUGAGAUGGGCGGCAUGUUGGAGCACAUCCAAGAACAGUAUAUCAAAGCCCGAGGCUACGAGAUGGGAACUUUCAAUGCCGAAAUGUUGCCCUGCACUUUCAAAGAGCAGGAUAAAAAGUGGCCAUACAUUGCGUAUGCGCACGUCUCCAACGCUGUGCUGAUUGUCCAUCACUUCAUACGCCAGACAUUGGAAGAAUGUUGCCCUGAUGUUGCCGUCCGCGAGGAGCUCUGGGCCUUUCUCUUGUACGGCCACGACGGUCAUGACGGCCUGGUGAAGCGAUACGCGAGAGCAAUGGAGCACGUCGACUUUCUGCUGUCUGUUGAGUUCGAAACCCGAACCAUCACGUAUGAUCUCCGCUUUGAGGAAAAGUUCAAUCAGCUAAAGCUCAAUGACCAAAGAACCGGCUCAGAGCAGGGCGACGACACGGAGCCUGAGAAGCCGCCAAAGUCUUCACUCGAGGAGACGGGCAUGACUAUCCAUAAUACCCUCCAGGCGUAUUAUGACCUUGCGCGAAGCCGCUUCGUAGACGUGGUUUGUCAACAGGCGAUUGACUAUUAUCUGCUGCGUGCAAAGAAUGGUCCGCUGACGGUGUUGUCGGACAAUGUGGUCCUGAACAUGACGGCAGAGCAGCUGGGGAUUAUUGCUGGAGAGGAUCUGGCGGUGAAGGAGAAGAGAGAGCGGCUGACCAAGGAGAUUGACUCCUUGAGCCACGCGCUCAAGAUUCUGAGAGGCUGA